AUGGUUCACAAUUAUUUCCCAAGGGGAUUGUCUUUGUUCUACGUCAGAGUCUAUCAGGUUGUUGAUGAUCCUUCAACGGAUUCAAUCAUCUCGUGGGGCAGCAACAACAGUUUCAUUAUCUGGAACGUGGAAGGGUUUCGCAGAAAGAUUAUGCCGACAUGUGUUGAAUUUGGCAUUACCUUCUCAAGUUUUGUCUCCAGGCUUCGCUCUCAUGGCUUUAAACGAGUUAAAGGGCCCAGACAGUUGGAAUUUGGAGACGAGUAUUUUGUCGUAGAUCAACCGGAGCUUUUGAAGUUGAUGAUGGUCGAAGCUUUGAGGACUAAACGUAAUGCCAAGAAAGCUAAAGCCAAAGCCAAGAAAGAUCGAGUGCAAGUAGAGGAGGAGCAACGGGAACUCGUGGAAAGUGAAAGCUCCGUAAAAUUCCUCGAAGUAGUAGUCUCUAAGUGUAUGUUGUUACUUCCUAAUGAUGAUGGUAUGGAAGCACUCCGGGAUUGUGAAUAUUUCAGAGGAUACAACCGGAGUAGAUUACUCUGGGAGAGGGUUCAAAAAGAAUUGGAAGCUGAUCCUCCUGGUGGCUAUUUGUUAUAUGCAUCACACUUGCAACUCCUUGUGAGCAAUCAGCUAGAGAGGUUUUGUGAAAAUAAAGACAAGAAGAUGAACCAAGCCGUGGUAUACAUCAUCGUGCCACAUUAG